AACCCACGCUGAGUGAGAAGUGGAGCAAGAUACACUGCCUAGGUGCCCUGUCAUUGAUACACCUGGUAAAUAUAGUAAGAGUAGAGAGUAAAAAGUUUGUAUCCGCGGCGGUUUCCAGCCACAUUCUCUGAUACAGGCCAAGCUGGUGAGAUAUUCAAACAUGGACUGUACUGUGGGUCAUUACAAAGCAGGCAUGCUGCUCAGCGGUGUAGGAGAUGCUCUGGGUUACAGGAAUCAGCUGUGGGAAUUUAACGACUCUGGCCCUGCCAUCCACCAGGAACUGCAAGAGCUAGGGGGGCUGAAAAAAAUCUCUGUGAAGCUUCCUGAUUGGCCAGUUAGUGAUGACACCGUGCUGCACUUGGCAACUGCUGAAGCCUUAGCAACAGGAAAAGCAGGUGAGGAGCUACUGCAUGAGGUUGCUUUCCGAUAUGUGGAGGGAAUGAAGGACAUGGACGGGAGGAUGCCAGGAAGAUCAACUAUUAUAGGCGUUAACCAGUUGCGCCCAGGCCAUGAAGGGGGUUACAGGGUGCUAUAUAACCCAGGAGCCAGAGGUUGUGGGGCAGCCAUGAGGUCCAUGUGCAUUGGCCUUAGAUAUCCUCGUCCUGAUCAGCUGUCCUCACUGGUUGAGGUUGCUGUGGAGACUGGAAGAAUGACCCAUCCUCAUCCAACCGGUUUCCUUGGAGGUGUGGCUUCAGCCUUGUUCGCCUCUUAUGCAGUCCAGCGAAGACCAAUCACAACCUGGGGUCUGGGUUUAUUGGAGGAGGCUUGUCCUGUCGCAAAAACAUUUGUUAAGUCUGUAGGAUAUGCUGUUACGGAGACUGAGAAAGACUGGGAUUACUUUACUGAAAAAUGGAAAUGGUAUUUGGAUCUAAGAGGAUUGUCUUUGGGGACUGAAGCAGUUACUUGGCCUGACCGAUAUGGGCCAGCAGAACGAGACAAGGCCUAUGAGAGCUUCAGUCUAUCAGGUUGGGGUGGUGGAUGUGGUCAUGAUUCUCCAAUGAUCGCUUUGGAUGCCCUCUUAGGAGCAGGCUCAGACUGGGAAGAACUCAUGAGUCGCGCAGGAUUUCAUGGAGGAGACAGUGACAGCACUGCAGCGAUUGCCUGCUGCUGCUGGGGUCUGCUGUAUGAAAUGGACGGAGUCCCCAAGUGUAAUUAUAGAAACCUGGAGUACAGGGGCCGGCUGGAGAGUGUUGCAGAAAAGCUGUAUGCUCUUUCUCACUGAUGAUGCAGAACUCUGAACAGAGAAAAUACGAAAAGAGAAAUAAAUCACAUAGGAAAUAGAUGGCAUGCCAUAAAUUAAAAAAUGCUGAAUAUUUUAGAUCAGUGAAAAUGAUUUUUCAAAUAUGUGUUCACACUGACAGCAAUAUUGCUGGAGGUUGCCAAUGUCACUUGUAGGUGUUCUACAAUUUCUACAUUAAAAUGAAAAGAAUAAAUAAAUAAAUACAUAAAAAAACA